AUGUUUGCUACCUUCACUGCCCUCCUUGCUGCCUCGGCCGCCUCUGUCUCGGCCGUUGCCAUCCGCGGUAACAGCGGCAGCGCCAGCAUCACCCCCCACGAGCAGUACUCGUCCUCCAUCGGUGUCCUGGGCUGCAAGAUCAACACCAACCGCGUUGCCUACUGGCCCAUGGGCGUCAACUGCGACAACAUCUGCGUCAAGGUCACCAACGGCGACCGCAGCCUGCACCUGCUCAAGAUUGACCAGUCCGGCGGCGCCCACGACAUCUCAUACGAUGCUUGGAACUACCUGGGCUUCGGCGAGAGCGCCUCCUCCAGCCCCCACACCGGCGGCGGCAUCAACAUGGACUACGAGUUCGUCGACGCCAGCGAGUGCGCCGGCCUCAUGCACGGCGGCAAGCUGGCUCUGUCUGCCUCCAACAGCAUGGACUACGUCGCGAGCUGCCUCAGCGAGCCCAACAGCUGGGUGGCCAAGAACCACGAGCUGGUCAACAUGGCCGAUCCCCUGUGCAAGUACGGAUACAACGAGGUCUGCUCUCUCGAUCUUCAGAAGAGCAACCAGCCCAGCUGCCCGCACACUCUUGGAGCCCAGCACACUCCCACUGGCGAGUCUGUCACCAACAUUGUCUACGGCACUGGCAAGGCCCAGUCUGCUUAG